AUGAAUGGCGACCUGAGCCUGUCGCAGUCCCUCGGCGGGCUGCGCAUCGCGAACCCGGACGAGGACGACCCCGUGUCGCCGCGCGAGGACAGCCAGAGCCAGGCCCAGAGCACCACCCAGGAGGGCGCGCCAUCCCACCGGCCGCCCCCGUCGCCCUCGUCGCCCUCAUCGCCCCCGUCGCCCCCGUCGCCCUCGUCGCCCUCGACCAGCAGCACCGUGACGGAGCGCCAGAGCCUGAAGCCGCCCGCGAGCUACAGCCACCCCCUCGAGGCGCCCGCUGCAGAGCCGCUCCCCUCGCCCGCCUUGUCGCGGGGCCUCGCGCCCAACCCCCACGGCUCCACGCCGCCGCACUCGUCGUCGCCGCUGGCCCACGCAUCCCCCCUCGCUGCCGUCACGUCGUCGUCGUCGUCGUCGUCCACCCACUCGCCGCGCCUCGCCCACCGCCAGAGCAUGCCGCUCGCCCACCAGGCCCAGCAGCAGGUGCCCUACCCGUCCUACGCUGCCGCCCCGCCCAUGCAGCAGCGGAAUGCCCCGCCGUCCCAGCCCUUGGCCCAGCCCUUGUCCCAGCCCAUGCGCGACCGCCCCGUUUCGACGAGCAUGUACAACCACCCCAACCUCUCCACCAGCUCCACCACCGCCCCCGGCACCUACCGCUACAACGACGAGAGCAUGGCCUCGGACAUACGGCGCACCAGCAGCUCGCGCGUCGCCCCCAACGCCAUGCCUGUCAGAGAAGCCAGCCGGAGAGACCCAUACCGCCAGUCGGCCCACAUGUCGGCCCUCAACGGCCCGCUGCCCCCGCGGAGAAGCUCGAGAAGGAUCCCCAUGGACGGCACCCACGCGCCCGGCAUGGCCCCACAGCUGUCGAGCUCGCCAUACAGCCUCGAGGGUGGUCCGCUGUCGAGCAGCGAGGAGUGGAAAGAAAAAGGCGCGGCCGUCAGCACGCGGCAGGAGAUGGACCAGAACGGCCGGCCGAUCACGCGCGUGGUCAAGAAGGGCGUCAAGGACUUCAACUUCGGCAGGACGCUCGGCGAAGGCUCCUACAGCACCGUCCUGGCUGCGACAGACCGACAGACGCUGCGCGAGUACGCCAUCAAGGUGCUCGACAAACGCCACAUCAUCAAGGAGAAGAAGGUGAAAUACGUCAACAUCGAAAAGGACACCCUCAACCGCCUGACCGACCACCCGGGCGUCGUGCGUCUCUACUACACCUUCCAGGACGAGCGCUCGCUGUACUUUGUUCUCGACCUGGCCUCGGGUGGAGAGCUGCUCGGCUUCCUCAAGAAGAUGGGCACCUUUGACAUUGAAUGCACGCGCUUCUACGGUGCCCAGAUACUGGACGCAAUCGACUACAUGCACUCGAAAGGCAUCAUACACCGCGACCUGAAACCAGAAAAUGUGCUCUUGGACGACCAGAUGCACGUCAAAAUCACGGAUUUUGGAACAGCAAAGAUACUCGACUUGAAAAAGUCAAACGGCAUUGGAUCGCCGUCGGGCGAUCCCAUGGAGGGCGCCGAGACAGACCGUGCCCAGUCGUUUGUUGGAACCGCCGAGUACGUCUCGCCAGAACUGCUGACAGACAAGAACGCCUGCAAAGCCAGCGACUUGUGGGCAUUUGGAUGCAUCAUCUACCAGCUCAUUGCUGGACGACCGCCGUUCAAAGCGGCCAACGAAUACAUGACUUUCCAGAAGAUUGUCGGGUUGGAGUACAACUUCCCCGAUGGCUUCCCUCCGCUGGCAAGAGAUCUGGUGGAGAGGCUGCUGGUACUGGAUCCCCUGACGCGCCUGCCGAUGGAGCACAUCAAGGCGCACCCCUUCUUUGAUGGCAUCGUGUGGGGCAAGGGGCUGUGGAAGCAAAAGGCGCCACGGCUCAAGGCGUACAGUCCGCCACCGCAAGAUCCCAUCAAGCUCAACGGACCUUCAACCCCAGGAGCUCCAGCGCCCGCCCAAGUGCGUCCCAAACCCAGACUCAUCACCGAGCUGCCCCCGCCUAGUCAACUCGACAUCGACUGGUCGCCUGUUCUGACCAAGCGUGACGAGCGAAUACUGAAGCUCGGCAAUUUCUUCAUUACACAGCAUCCCGCCGGCCAUGUCGUCGGCGGCGCGGCCGAGGCUGCCGAAGCACCCAAGAAGUUCUCUCGAUUCUUCAGCAGUAACACGAUCAAGAAGCGACAGAGACUGGUGAUGAUCACAUCCAAUGCUCGCGUACUCAUGUGCGCCGCCGGUACAAAUGACAAAAAGCUCAAGGAGGAGCUGUCGCUGCUCACCGCUGGCUGCUCGUGGCGGUCCUUCCAGGACUCGAAGGGGUUGACAGCUUGGCUUGUAGAAACACGAGACAAGCAGUACAUCUUCGAAGACCCAAAGAGCACCACCAGCGAUCCUGACGGUAGCAAGUACUCCAGCCAGGAAUGGAUCGACAGCAUCGAGCAAGCGCGAGACUAUGCCCUGUCGCAGGCGCCCACCAACGACCUGGCGCUGUCCGAGCUUGGCUCGAUAUCCACGCCCAGCUCCCUCGGCGGCGACUCGGCACUCGACGGCGUCAACAUCCCCGCCUCACGACACGGACAUCUCCACAAAGACCGCGGCGACACGGACUCUGUUAAGAGCAGGAAACGGUUCAGCAAGCGGCACUCGAAGAACGGGCUCGCAAACUUCUAG